CUCUUACUCAAACUAAUGGAUAAGCUCCUCCCGCCAUUUGCCCUCCCAUGCAAAACCCUUCUCCUUAUUUAUACCUCUCUCUCUCUCUCUCACUCUAUCCACAAAUCCAAAAUAUUCAUUAAAUCUAGUGAGAGAAAAAUAAAAUUACAGUAUGAAGAAGUCCCAAACGCAAACGCAGUUAUCCUCUUCACCGCUGAAACAAACGAUUGCGGUUGCGUCUAUCGCCGCCGGUAUACAAUUCGGUUGGGCCUUACAACUCUCACUUUUAACUCCUUACGUUCAGCUUCUAGGCAUACCUCAUAAAUGGGCCUCACUGAUCUGGCUAUGCGGCCCAAUAUCUGGUAUGUUAGUCCAGCCCAUUGUUGGUUACCACAGCGAUCGCUGCGAAUCGCGUUUUGGUCGCCGUCGUCCUUUUAUAGCCGCCGGAGCAUUACUCGUCGCUAUCGCCGUCGUUCUGAUCGGUUACGCCGCCGAUAUCGGUGAGUUUUUGGGAGAUCGAGUUGAUUCAACGCCUAAAUCACACGCAAUCGCUGUUUUCGCCGUCGGGUUUUGGAUUCUCGAUGUUGCUAACAACAUGCUUCAAGGACCUUGUCGAGCUUUGCUUGCGGAUCUCUCAGGUAACAGCGCGAAGAAGACGAGAACUGCGAACUCUCUCUUCUCUUUCUUCAUGGCCGUCGGAAACGUACUCGGAUUCGCCGCCGGAGCUUUCGCUCAUCUCCACGACGCGUUUCCGUUCACGGUGACGGAAGCUUGCGAUGUCUACUGCGCGAAUCUCAAGAGCUGUUUCUUCUUCUCGAUUCUGAUUCUAAUGAGUCUAACGACGUUCGCGCUCUGGUACGUCGAUGAGAAACGGUGGUCGUCGACGGAGACGGAGACGGAGACGGAAGUUACCGACGGAGAAGAAGAUGGUGAGAUAAAAGAGGAAGUAACGGUGCCGUUAAAAGUUGUUAGAGUUCCGUUAUUCGGGGAGUUAUUCAGUGCGGUGAAGGACAUAAAAACACCGAUGGUGAUGUUGCUUUUGGUGACGUGUCUUAGUUGGAUUGCUUGGUUUCCUUUUCUUUUGUUUGAUACUGAUUGGAUGGGGAGAGAAGUGUACGGUGGUGACUCGGUGGGUAACGUUGACGAUAAGGCUCGGCGCGUGUAUAACAAGGGAGUACAUGCCGGCGCGUUGGGGUUGAUGUUGAACUCGGUGGUUCUUGGAGUCACUUCGCUUGGGUUAGAGUGGUUGGCUCGUGGGGUUGGUGGUGUGAAACGGUUGUGGGGAAUUGUGAAUUUCAUUUUAGCGUUCUGUUUGGGGAUGACUGUUUUAAUUACUAAGGUGGCUGAAUCGAACCGUCGUGGAUCCGCCGUGUUAGAGACGGUGGUUAGUUCUUCUCCGCCGGUUGGUGUUAAAAUUGGAGCUUUGGCGUUAUUUGCUCUUCUCGGUGUACCUCUAGCUAUAACUUACAGCAUUCCUUUCGCAUUGGCAUCUAUAUUUUCUUCUUCUUCUGGUGCUGGCCAAGGAUUGUCGUUGGGGGUUUUAAAUCUUGCAAUAGUUGUACCACAGAUGGUGGUGUCGGUGGGAGCAGGACCGUUUGAUGAGAUGUUCGGAGGAGGAAACAUUCCGGGGUUUGUGUUGGCGGCGGUGGCUGCGGCCGUGAGUGGAGUUUUAGCGCUCACUGUGCUUCCUUCUCCACCGCCGGAAGCUGAUGUUCUCAAAGUUUCCACCGCGGGAGGACAUUAACUUGUUAGUUUUUUAUCUCUAUUUUUCUGUUUAGUGUUUUUACCACAAAGAGAAACAAAAGUUGGAAAGAGGAGAAGGUAGUGUAGAACCAUUAUAACUUCUGGUUCUUGACACAUGUAAAAUGCACUCGGAACGACUGUCAUUUCCAUCAAUAGCAAUUUAAUGUACUUUUUAGAUAAGACAAAACAUGCAUGUUCUUAAUUUGGCAUGCAUCAUGUGAAUUGUUGCAUGGAAGUUGACUUUGUA